AUGUCGCGUUUAUGGACCAAAUCGGAGGUGCUGAUGAACGGCACGAUUGGUAUCUCAUUGUACCGUUCAACAAGAAGCCGUCUGGUAGUGGCUGUCGGCGACGUGCCAGGUCCUAUGGUGAAGGGUUGCAUUUCAUUUGUGACGGAGACAGACUCCGACGAUGGACUACCACAUACAUUAGAGCAUCUAGUGUUUAUGGGCAGUAAAAAAUACCCAUUCAAAGGAGUUCUAGACAUUAUUGCCAAUCGUUGCUUGGCCAGUGGAACAAACGCAUGGACAGAUCAGGACCAUACAGCUUACACUCUUACUACUGUAGGAAGUGAAGGUUUUUUCAAAGUGCUACCAGUAUAUCUCAACCAUCUCCUUUCACCUAUGCUGUCGGACGCUCAGUUUGCCACUGAAGUGCAUCACAUCAACGGUAAGGGUGAAGAUGCAGGAGUAGUAUACAGUGAAAUGCAAGACCAUGAAUCCGAGAUGACAAGCAUCAUGGACAGGAAAAAGAAGGAAAUUCUAUAUCCCCCAAAUAAUUCUUAUCGGGUAGAUACUGGAGGUCGCUUGAAAAACUUACGGGAAACUUGUAAUGCUGAUCGAGUACGGAAUUUUCACAAGAAGUUCUACCAUCUUUCCAACAUGAUGGUGACUGUUUCCGGUCGUGUAGACCAUGAUAGGUUACUGAAAAUUGUGGCAGCUACUGAGGAGGAACAUUUACAUCAAGUUCCAGCCUCGUUCCAUCGACCUUUCACAUCUUUUCGCUUAAAACCUCCAGCAGAAUCUAGUGAGCAACGUGUGAUUUGUCCAAGCGAUGAUGAGUCAAGAGGAAACGUUGAAAUUAGUUGGUAUGGAAUUCCUAUAACAUUCAGUAUC